AUGGGGCUCGAGAAGUGGACGGGGAUGGGGACAGGGCAUCGGCUCAACGAUGCCGAGGUCCAGCGCCCGGGAGGGCUCCAGCCGCCGCGCCUCCAGGGGGAGGCCGCGCCCCCCGCGGCCGACGCAGGCCGCGCAGCGGAUGGGCAGGAAGCUGCUCGGGAGGGACGGCCGACGAUCCUCAGAACGCGUGCCGGCGCCAGCGUGUGCUCGUCCAUCGAAGCCUUGCAAUACGACGCCCGUGGCGUGGCGAUGGCCGACACAGGCCGAGCGGGCCCGACUUCGGCCUCCAGGCAGGCAGCUCUCGCACCAGGCGCCAGGGCAGGCCAGGCAGCGUAG